GUAAAGACAACGGCGACCGCGAAGGCAUAGUCACAGCGAUGCAAUCAAAAAGCGACGUGCAUUUAUAUUGUAUUACUGAGGCAGAUUGUUCCGAGGCACGGCAGAAUACACAUCGAGUACGUGUGAUAGUUAUCCCCCGAAUUGGAUAAGUUUGAGCCGCUGGUAAGACUCCACAACAUUCGAUAUCACCGGCGACGGUCCAUCAGCAUAGCACUAUGUCUGCCGUGUGGAAUUUUUUUACUCUCAAAGAAGAGAAAAGCAAAACAGCCGAGUGCAAUAUAUGCAUCAGGAGUGUCCCAAGGGGCGGCAGUACUAUUAAUCGUUUCAACACCACCAAUUUGAUUAGACAUUUGGAGAUACAUCACCGAAAGACGUAUGAAGAAUUUUUACUGUCAACCCGUGUUAUGAAGCAAAUGAAGAAAACAAAACGGUCAUUGCAGCGACCCAUUCUGAAGCACAAGGAAGUCUCUCCGGUGAACGACAACGUAAAGACAAAAAGGACACGAACAACGCCAAGCCCUACAGGAUACCUAAUGACAACAAGCAUGAACAAGUCUCCCCCCUGGUCUUCAAGUGAAUCUAGUCCUGAAACGCUGAUACUCUCCAGGUCUGAGGUGCGGAAGCUCAUUGAUCAGGAGGUUAGCUUUGCGGUGAAAAGGCAUGAAACUAAGCUGCGGGGUUUAAUCGAAACGAUACAGCAUUUGGAUCAUAAGAUUGACUAUGAAUCCUCCAUUCAAAAACUGGAGGCACGAAUGAAAUUGUUGUCAAAGAGAGCAGAGGUGGCGUUUGCCUACAAGACACGGACACAGACAGAGGUUUCAAAUCCUUUUCUCAACAUUAGCACGUCCAGGCUAGACCCUGAAGAUGAAUGUGGAGGCAACAGACCAGACAGACAAAGGAGGCUGGACUGCAAGAAGAAGAAGAAAAGAAAGCUCUCUGAAAUGAUGGAAACAACAGCAAGGGCCUUAAAUAAGUUGCAUGCAGUAAGAAGAGACGCGAAGGCUGUCAUCACUGAUCUUGUCAACCCAAUACAGACCCUUCAGUACUCCUGUCCUGAGAUUAGUCCAUUUAAAGUGUUUGAACAUUUGUUCAUAAAGGAAGAGCCGAGAGAUCCAGAAAUUGAUGCAGACAUGGCUGUGGAGCCAAGAACUGUGUUGAACAGAGACUUUUUUUCUGCUACCAGUAGCAUCAGUUCCACCGACACAGACAUGGGGGGGCCUAACUACGAGCGCUUAUAUCCUCCACUUCCCACCCUUCCGUUCCCCACUACUCUGAACAUGGAAGCGGCUUCAUACAGUAUUCCUCAGAAACCAGUAGUGCACGUGGCCUUGGUCAAAGACCCUGCAGGUCUGUCUGUGCUGUGGAAGGUUGAGAAGGAAGAACCUACUGCACCGCCAAUGGCUACGUACAGCAUCUACAUGACCACUGAGAAGAGGAAGGGCAGCAACAUCUUCCUGAAGUGGUCUUUAAUCGACGAAGUGAAGGCCUUCAAGCUGCCCAUGUGUGUCAUGAUCACCAAGUACAAGCAGGGACAUAAACUCUGUGUCUCCCUGUUGGGCAAGGACAUUUUUGGACGCUACGGACCCUUCAGUGACGUUGUGAUUGUAAACAUUCCCGAGUAGCGCAGAGCAGGAAAUUCAAACACGGAACAAAAAAUACAUUCUGGAAGUUAAACUCUUGUUUCAAAGUGUUUCACGGUUGAAAGCAAGCAAAUGAAGCUAACAAUUUUCAAUACAACAAAACGUUUAACUACACUACGCCUCUGGGGCCUCCUGGUGGCGUGUUCUGGUGCUAUUCCUUUUUUGUUGUGUGUAUUGUAUUUUUCUCACUAUCUGGAUGUUGAAUGUGCGUCUUUUGUUAAAUAAAUAAUAAACAUCCUCUGUCAACUAUUA